GAGGAGGAGGAAGAAGAGAAACGACAUAGGAGAAUGCGGAAGCUCAUUUGACAAGGUUUUCUGGGCGUGUCGGCUUGUAAAUAAUAAAAACUGAUGCUGCCAGCAGAAGUCUUCCUGUAACGGAAAAACCCCUGAUCACCUGAGGACCACCAGGCAAGCGUCAGUCCACACAAUGGCAUCACCAACCCCUCUAACCAAGGCCAACACCACCUUCUCUCUGGCUCUGUUCAAAAAGCUGAGCGAUGACGACAAGGCCGGGAAUAUCUUCUACUCUCCUUUUAGCAUCUCUUCAGCUCUGGCUAUGGUGAUGCUGGGGGCCAGAGGCAACACAGCCACCCAGAUGUCAGAGUGCCUGAAAACCAAGGAUUCUAUGGAUGAUGUCCAUGUUAGCUUUGCCCAGCUGCUGAGUGAGCUCAACAAGCCAGACGCUCCGUAUGCCCUCAGUGUAGCCAACAGGCUGUACGGGGAGCAGUCCUACCAGUUUGUUGAGGAUUUCUUAGGAGACACCAAGAAGCACUACAGGGCAGAGCUGGAGUCUGUGGACUUCACAUCCAACUCAGACGCAGCCAGGCUCAACAUCAACAACUGGGUGGAGAACCAGACACAAGGUAAAAUUAAGGAUCUGCUGGCCCAUGGUGUGGUGGACAACAUGACCAGGCUGGUGCUGGUCAAUGCCAUCUACUUCAAAGGCAACUGGAACAAGCAGUUUGAUGCGGCUGCCACACGUGAUGAUAAAUUUAGACUUAACAAGAAUGACACUAAGCCAGUGAAGAUGAUGUACCAGAAAACUAAGUUCCCUUUAACCUUCAUCCCUGAAGCCAGCUGCCAGAUCCUAGAGCUGCCUUACAAAGGAAAGGAGCUCAGCAUGCUCAUCUUCCUCCCCAAUGAAAUGGAGGACAGUACAACAGGUCUGGAGAAGCUGGAGAAGGAGCUGAACUAUGAGAACUUUGUGGAGUGGACUCGUCCAGACAUGAUGGAUGAGGUUGAGGUGCAGGUGGGGCUGCCACGGUUCAAGAUGGAGGAGAAGUAUGACAUGAAGAAUAUCCUGGUCAGCAUGGGCAUGGUGGAUGCCUUCGACAUGACGAUGAGUGACUUCUCCGGCAUGUCUCCCGCCAACGACCUGGUGCUGUCAAAGGUCAUCCACAAGGCCUUUGUGGAGGUCAACGAGGAGGGAACCGAGGCUGCUGCUGCCACCGGUGCCAUCAUGAUGCUGCGCUGCGCCAUGCGUCCAGCCACCUUCAUCGCAAACCACCCCUUCCUUUUCUUCAUCCGACACAACCCCUCCAUGAGCAUUCUCUUCGCUGGCCGUUACUGCUCCCCCGAGUGAGCGCUACAUCGCUUAGAGUGGUGUUUUUCAACUGGAGGGGGGUUACAAUACAUCUACUACAGCAACAGUAUAAAUAUUUUAGUUUUGGUAUUACUAGAAGAAUGUUGAGAACCACCGCUCUAGAGUUUCCUAAUCUCUGUAAUCACACACCAAGUUCCCGUCCUAUAUUUUCAACACCAGAAUGAUGAGAUUGUGGUGUUGGAUUUUCUUAUCUGUGGCUUCUUGUCUGUAUCACUUCUUACAUGAGUGAUUCUGUUUACCUGUGCCUUCUUGAACAUUAGGUUCAUGCACUGUAACUUUAGCACCUAAUUUCAUCCUUAAGAUCUGGUAUGUCUACCAGACUGAUCAAUGCAUGGCCCUAUUUGCUGCACCCUCACUCCCUACUCUAGUUUAUCAUUAAAGUCUUUUUUUUUCUUAUCUUACACCCUGUGAAAUAAUUUGCCUUAAUCACAAUGUCUAUUAUGCCUCUUUUCUCAACCGCCAACUGUGCUUUUAUAUCAUAUGAAGGUGCGACGGUUGCAAGAUUCUCUGCACUUUCCAUCUUCUUAGAUAUUCAAUUAACCAAAGAGAAUAAUGUGAUGAAAUCACAUUGUCAGAUAGAUAUAUCCUUGGGUAUUACUAGAAUUGUAAUCAAGCAAAGGGCAGCUAUAUGUCACUGUAUCAUUAUGCAUAUAAUGAGUAUAGACUAUAAACAACAAGAGCUUACAUGAAGGAUUGAACUGGUUAUUUGUAUGUAUCUUUAUGCUCUUACAUACAGAAUAAACGUGUGGCUUGCAAAUA